AUGGCCAUCAUCAUCACUCUGGCUGAUGCGACCGUAGUCACCCUCACUGUCCUUUUCCUCGCAUUUGUGUAUCAAAAUCGCAGGAAAUUUACAUCAACAAAAUACCCUCCAGGGCCUCCUGGUUUGCCAUUAGUGGGAUGCGCGUUUGAGAAUCCAAGUUCAGAGAAGCAGCCUUACAAGGGUUGGAGAGAGUUGUACGGUCCGAUUUCUCAUUUUCGCUUGCUCACUCAGGAUGUCUUCGUUCUCAACACCCAUAGAUUGGCUUUCGAACUCCUCGAUAAACGUGCCAACACCUAUGCCGACCGUCCUCGACAAGUGAUGUGUGCCGAAUUGAUAUCUUGGAAUAGAGCGAUUGCCCUUGCGCCCGCAGGCACAAGGCAUAGAAAGUACCGUAAACUCGUGAAUAGCAUACUCUCUCCCAAUGCCACAAAGCGACAGUCGCAUUCAGGAUACGAGUUUCUUGAAGUCAUUCGACAGGUCAUAGCCAUGAAUAUCGUCAACAUCAUUUAUGGCCCUGAAUCUAUUGUCAAAGGUGAAAAUAGAGGCAGUGAAUGUCAGGCUGUCGGCUUUUCGAAACAAGACAUGGAGAAGUACAUACACGAUGCAGACGAGGCACAAACCCUUUUUGCUAAAGCACUUGUUCCAUUUGCUUACAUCGUAGACUGGAUACCAUGGUUACAAUUCCUUCCCGAGUCUACGCCUUUCGUAUCGUUCAAAAAAAAAGCUAGGCAAGCUAGGGAAAAUUUAGUCAAGUUGACUAUGUUUCCUUAUACCAAAGUCCGGGAAAGGAUCGUAAGGAGUCAUCCCUAUAGCCUAACCGCAUAUACUGAUAUAUCUUCUUUGCAGGCUAUGGACGAGGAAUCUAUUGCAUGGACUGCUAUGAGUGCCUACACUGGCGGAUCCGAUACUACCAUCGCAGCCAUCAAGACUGCUUUUUUCGCAGCAUCCCUUCAUCCAGAAGCUCAAGCGCUCGCUCAAUUAGAACUAGACCAAAUUGUGGGACAAGAGCGUAUGCCAGAGAUAAACGACCGUCCUAACUUGCCUUACGUGACAGCCUUUGUCAACGAAUGCAUGAGGUUGAUACCUGUUGCUCCCAUUGCUGUUCCUCAUAGAGCAAUGAAAGACGAGACGAUUGAUGAGUAUUUUAUUCCGAAGGGUGCAAUUAUUAUUCCAAACAUCAGAGAAAUGCUCCGCGAUCCCGAUAUAUAUGAAUCACCCUUAUCCUUCGAUCCCGUUCGUUUCCUUCCCACAACAGGCACACCAACGCAUCCAGACAUCAAAGGCCGGACUGAGCUCAACAUUGGCUCUCUCCCAUACGGAUUCGGCAGGAGAAUAUGUCCCGGGAUGCAUUUGGCAGAUUCCGGUGUAUGGCUCUAUGUGUCUACACUCCUUUGGGCGUAUCACGUUUCGAUGGUAGACGAUGAUGGUAGUAUCGUCAAGGAUAGAGUAGCAGAGUGGGAAUCUGCACAGUUUUCUAGCGGAGCCGUACAGUAUCCUCUUCCUUUCAAGGUGAAGCUUGUACCGAGAUCAAGUGCUGUAGAGUCUCUGCUCAGAAAUGCAUGGGAUGAUCUGUGA